AUGGAAUCAAGUGACUUUAUCUGCAAAGAGCCUAGCAAACUGGUAGCAACCAGAGAGAACUCCUCCACAUCGCCUCACCGUGAGGGGCAAAGUUGUCAAAAGAUAAUGGCCCUCUCAAUCUCCUGGGAUGCCAUGGAAAGAUUGCCAAUCUUCAGCGACUCCCAUGUUGGACAGAUGUCUAGAUUUGGCUGUAGGGACCCUUUUGCCACAUUCCAUUUGUACCCAGAGACCACAAACCAGUUCACUGGCCCUGAAGAUUUGCCUCUGCUUUCUUUCACACCAGAGCAGCUGACUGCUGAGAAUUUCUAUAGAGAUCCUUGUGGUUUCCCAUUUCAAGGUCCCUGUGGGAAUUUCGGCAGAUGCCAGUACUCUUGCAGCCCAGCAUUCAUCAGAAAAAGGAAUGAAAGGGAAAGGCAGAGAGUUAAGUGUGUCAAUGAAGGCUAUGCCAAACUCAGACAUCACCUCCCUGCUGAGUACCUAGAGAAACGGCUCAGCAAAGUAGAAACUCUCCGAGCUGCAAUUAAAUAUAUACAAUAUCUCCAAUCUGUGCUGUACAAUGACUCAGAGGAGGAUAGCAGGGAAGCUCACCAUUCUUCCGAAGAUAGUUCCCAAAGUAAUCACGUUCCAAGGACUUCAUAA